GUUGCAGAUAUCCGUGAGAUCUUGAGAGAAAGUCUGUGGCAGGAUCAGGAUCCGGAUCAGGAGUUAGUGAUGUGGAGGGCUGUGGAGACGGGCUGCUGGGGGGUCUGCUGCUGGUCUCUGCUGGUGUCGGUGGUGAGCGGGGCUCAGAGUGCCAACGAGCCCAGCAACAUGUCACACGUGAAAGCCACCGUGGACAAGCUGCUGAACGGCUAUGACAUCCGCCUGAGGCCUGAUUUUGGAGGCGCUCCUGUGGACGUGGGCAUGAGCAUAGACAUCGCCAGCAUCGACAUGGUGUCUGAAGUCAACAUGGACUACACCAUCACCAUGUACUUCCAGCAGUCCUGGAGAGACAAACGCCUUUCCUACACCGGCAUCCCCCUCAAUCUCACCCUGGACAACCGUGUGGCAGACCAGCUGUGGGUCCCUGACACCUACUUCAUCAAUGACAAGAAGUCCUUCGUCCAUGGAGUGACAGUGAAGAACCGGAUGAUCCGACUGCAUCCCGAUGGGACCGUGCUCUACGGCCUCAGGAUCACCACCACGGCCGCCUGCAUGAUGGACCUGCGCAGAUACCCGCUGGAUGAGCAGAACUGCACCCUGGAGAUAGAGAGCUACGGAUACACCACAGACGACAUCGAGUUCUACUGGCAGGGCGGGAGUAACGCUGGCUCCGUCACCGGGGUGGAGAACAUAGAGCUGCCCCAGUUCUCCAUCAUAGACUACCAGACCCUCUCCAAGAAAGCCGUGUUUGCUACAGGUUCUUAUCCCCGUCUGUCCCUGAGCUUUAAGCUGAAGAGGAACAUUGGCUAUUUCAUCCUGCAAACCUACAUGCCCUCCAUCCUGAUCACCAUCCUGUCCUGGGUCUCCUUCUGGAUCAAUUAUGACGCCUCUGCUGCCAGAGUAGCCUUGGGGAUCACCACGGUGCUGACCAUGACCACCAUCAACACCCACCUGAGGGAAACUCUACCUAAGAUCCCCUACGUCAAGGCCAUUGACAUUUACCUGAUGGGAUGCUUCGUCUUCGUCUUCCUGGCGUUGCUGGAGUACGCCUUCGUCAACUACAUCUUCUUUGGUCGCGGUCCACACCUGCAGAAGAAGGUGGCGGAGAAAGCCGCCAAGACCAACAACGAGAAUAAGAGCAGGCUGGAGAGCAACAAAGUCCAGGUUGACGCUCAUGGUAACAUCCUACUGACCAACCUCACCAGCGAGAUGGGUGGAGCAGACAUGAUGGGCGCCCUGAACGACCCCCGGGCCACCAUGUUCUCCUACGACAGCGCCAGCAUACAGUACCGCAAACCCAUGACCAGUCGAGACCUGUACGGGCGACCGGCCAUCGACCGGCCCAUGGGCCACAAGAAGGGCCGGUUGCGAAGGAGGGCGUCUCAGCUCAAAGUCAAGAUCCCAGACCUCACGGAUGUCAACGCCAUAGACAAGUGGUCCCGUGUUGUUUUUCCAAUCGCUUUCACCUUCUUCAACCUGGUCUACUGGCUUUACUACGUCCACUAGAGGGGUAACAGGAAGCCUGUGUGCUCAGGAUGGGUCUAAAGCUACCUAAGUCUUGUACAGGGAU